AACACACACACACACAAACACACACGCAGUCACUCACUCACUCACACACACACACCGAGACUCAAUUACUGCCCAAUUCCCUUCUUCAUCAUCUCCUGCUACACCGGCCUCUUCCAAAAGCAAAUCGAAAAAGGAAAACAAAGAGAAACGUUACCUGAAGUGAUACUUCGAAGCCGGAAUUACGCGAAGUGUCAAAACUAAAGGUGGACAAGCAGUGAUGUCACAUAGCUGAGGACACUCCCACUCAAUAUGGAGUCUGGAGAACGGCUGGCCUCGCCUUCCGCCACCCCGGCCUCCGUCCACACCGCCACCUCAGUGUCGUCAUCUUCCUCUUCCUCCUCUUCCUCAUCCACAGCAGCCUCCAAUGCCAAGAGCAGCCUGAACCACGGAGCCACGGCCUCGCUCGGCACAUGUGGUCCUCUGUUUGGGUUGACUGGCAGUGACCAGCCCUUCAGUGUCAGUUCAGUGACCUCUGUGCCCAGCGCGUACCCGCUCAUGGCCCAUCCAGCCUUUGGUCUGCUCUCACCGGCGACUGUCCGCCCAGAGUUUGGAGGUUUAGGAGGAUUAGGGGUUUCUGCUGCCCUCGCAGCUCAUCCUCAACUAGGAGCCUUCUCAGAAUGGUGGAGAGCAGCAGAAGCACAUGGGCGGAGUCCUCCAGCCUUCUUCCCGCCUUUCCUGGGUCUGCCACCAAUAUUUGCCCCUCCCCUUCACAACCACGAGGCCAAUCCGUACACACCCAGCAAGAGCAGCCAGGCCUCAAAAGGUGUGAACGGAGCGGUGAACGGUCGUUCGCUGUCUCCCUCUGUGGCGAAAGGAACGGUUUCGGCUUCUGCUUCCCCCUCCCCCGCGCUCCGGCCCCCUGAACACAGCCGGACACUCAACGCCAAAGCCCGCGACCGCAAGGCCAGUAACCAUAGCAACAGCACAGGGGAGCUUCAGGAGAAACCCUCGCAGAAAACUAAAGAGAAGAAAUCCCGUAAGAAGCAGGUGGAGGGUCCUGGCGUAAGUGAGAGUGAAUCUGGAUCAUCGCUGGAUACAGACAGCGAUGGAGUGAGCAGCAGUGAUAUCGAUGAUCUUGGAGAGGAAGAUGAUGAUGACGAAGAUGAAGAUGAGCAGAGUAAAGACAGCGAAGAGUCGGAUUCGGAAAAGGAGCGGCAAAGAAAAAAGAAAAUGAAAAUUGUGACAGCAAUUUCUGGCCUCAGUAAGAAGGAAAAGUCCAAGCUACUGGAGGCCCAGGACUUCCGUGGAGGCGCACCUUUAGAGGCCACACCUCCAUUGCACCUGCAUCGCUCUCCACCUCCACCAGCCCACUCUCAGUCCCCUCUGCUGUCUGUAUCGGGCAGCAGAGCCAGAGAAAGACCCCUCCACACCAGCGUCAUCCAGUCCACCGGCCUGGCUGCAGCCGCUAAACCAUUAGCGCUGAUCGCACAGUCGCGUCGAGAAGCUUCUCCGAAACAUUCUCCACAGCAUCUGACCUCAUCCUCUCCGAAAACCCUUUCCUCCAAGCCACUCCCUUCAUCGCCUCAGCCCCUCCCACUGUCGUUAUGCUCCUCCCCCAAACCGGUAUCAGUGCCCUCCCCACCAAAACCCCUCCCACUGUCCUCUUCGCCCAAACCGCCACCUCUCACCCCUUCCCUCAAGGCACAAGCGUCCUCCCGCAAGUCCCAGUCUCCAGCGCUGGACGCCCUGACCAGCAGGAAGCUUCUGGAAAGUUCUCUGGCUCAAGUCACGGCUGACUACAGGCUGAAACAGUCUUUUCUGCAGGACCAGCCCUUUCCUCUUCAACUGAAGAAACAGCAGAACCCAUUUAAGAGCAACAAGAGGUCAGCAGCGCUCACAUCCUCAUCUUCAUCCACCUCGUCCUCCUCUGUUCUCCCUCUAAAGCUCAGCUCGGAAGCGUCAGGCAGGACCAAACCCCCCGCAACCCAAAGCGUGUCCUCCAGUCUGCCUUUCUCUCAUGGCCUGCUGGGACUGAGUCAGCCCAACGGAGUCAUCCAGAGCACCCAGGAUGUCCCGCUGGCUCUCACUACCAAAACCCGCUCAGACGUGCCCGUCAACCUCAGCACUGGAGGCCGCAAGAGUCCCGCAUCCGCUUCUCCCACUCCCAACCGCAGCCGCGAGCCCCGGAAGAGCAAGACUCCCAAAGCUCUGGAGGCCUGGAAGGGUCUGUCCCAGAACCACCUGGUGCAGUCGCUGGUGGACCUGUUUCAGCACAGCGGAGCCGAGCAGGAGCUGCCCAGCAGUAAAGACUCGGACGAUUCUGCUGAGGAUGAAGACGAUGAGGAUGACGAUGUGGAGGAUGAAGAGGACGAUGACGAAGAGGAUUCAGAUGACAGUCUUUCAGAGUCAGACAGUAAUUCAGACAGUGAGAUGAACGGCUCUGAAGGCUCUAAAAAGAAGCGCAAGGACGCGAGCGCUGCGGAAAUGGACACGGAUGGAGAGAAGACUCCUCAGAAACUCAGCAAGAGCCUCCUCAAUUCCUCCACCAAUCACAGCCUGUCUGACUGCCUGCCGCUCAACCUCCAAGUCGUUAAGCCCUCCAGUGUGGCCACACCCACCAUCGUGAGCAGCUCCGGUGCCUUGACCUAUCACAGCUCUCCAUCCUCCUCAUACUCCGUUGGCACCUCUCCAGGCUCGGCGAAGAGAAAGCGAGUGAUGAAUGAAGAUGAUUUACGGAUUCCGCUGGAAAUGGGUUGGCAAAGAGAGACCAGAAUAAAAACGGUGGCCGGUCGGCUGCAGGGAGAUGUUGCGUAUUACUCCCCGUGCGGCAAGCGACUGCGACAGUACCCAGAUGUCGUAAAGUAUCUGUCCAGAUACGGAAUAACUGACAUCACGCGUGAUAAUUUUAGCUUCAGUGCAAAAAUAAGGGUUGGUGACUUCUAUGAAGCCAGAGAAGGACCCCAGGGUCUGCAGUGGACUCUUCUGAAUGAGGAAGAGGUCAUCCCUCAUAUAUUGGCCAUGGAGGGACGGCGGGGUCGUCCGCCCAACUCUGAUCGCCAGCAGAGGGGCAGCAGCGAGGGCUCGGGCAGUCGGCGCAGAAAGGGUCGCCCUCCGAAUCUAGGAGAGAGCGAAUUCCCAAGCCCCUCCGAAGCCAAACUACUGCGCAAACUCGAGGCUCAGGAAAUCGCCCGGCAGGCAGCUCAGAUGAAGCUCAUGAGGAAACUAGAGAAGCAGGCACUGGCGCGGGCGGCCAAAGAGGCACGCAAACAGCAAGCCAUCAUGGCCGCAGAGGAGGGAAAGCAAAAGGAGCAGCUGAAGAUUCUCAAACAGCAGGAAAAGAUAAAGCGUAUUCAGCAAAUCCGCAUGGAGAAGGAACUCCGCGCACAGCAGAUUCUCGAGGCAAAGCGGAAAAAGAGAGAGGAGGCUGCCAAUGCCAAAAUGUUGGAGGCGGAAAAGCGAAUAAAGGAGAAGGAGAUGAGACGCCAACAGGCUGUUAUUCUCAAGCACCAGGAGAUGGAGAGGCAUAGACUAGAUAUGGUAUGGGAGAGGGAGAGGAGGAGACAGCACGUUAUGCUAAUGAAAGCUGUGGAGGCACGGAAAAAAGCUGAGGAACGCGAACGCCUCAGGCAGGAGAAACGUGACGAGAAACGGCUCAACAAAGAGCGCAAAAUGGAGCUCCGGAGGCUGGAGCUGGAGAUGAUCCGUGAGAUGAAGAAACCAAAUGAAGACAUGUGUUUGACGGAUCAAAAGCCGCUUCCGGAGGUUCCUCGUAUCCCGGGUCUGGUUCUGCCUGGCAGUGUGUUUUCAGACUGCCUGAUGGUGGUGCAGUUCCUACGAAGCUUUGGGAAGGUGUUGGGCCUGGACAAUUCUGAGUUGCCCACUCUGGGGGUCCUGCAGGAGGGGCUGCUCAACCUGGGCAAUAGCAUGGGGCAGGUGCAGGACCUGCUGGUAAGACUGCUCUCGUCUGCGGUGUCUGACCCAGGACUGCCUCAAGGACACAGGGCCAAGUCUAUCUUGGGUGACCACCUGACCAAUGUGGGUCUGAAUCGGGACAAUGUGUCUGAGGUUCUGCAGCUCUACAUGGAGGCUCACUGCUCUCAGACUGAUCUGGCGGAUCUGACUCUGAGUUUGAGGACCAAAGCCUUCCAGGCCCACACGCCAGCUCAGAAAGCCUCUGUCCUGGCCUUCCUGGUCAAUGAGCUCUCCUGCAGUAAAAGCGUGGUCAGUGAGAUCGACAAAAGCCUGGAGCACAUGAACGUGCUGAGGAAGGACGAGUGUAUUGUGGAGGGCAAAUUGAAAAAAAUGAAAACAAUCUACGCUAAGCGGACAGGGAAACGGGAAUCAAUGACUGGAGGGGAGGAGCCUCACGCUGCCGGAGGCUCUGCCAUCGGUCACAAACGCAAGAGGAAGGCGGGGGAUAGUGAUGAUGACGAUGAUGAAGAUGAGGACAGCGAUGAUGAUGAGGACGAUGAGGAGGAGGAGGAAGAGACUAAAAAGGGAAGGAGGGUGGAGACGUGCGAUGAGGAUGAGGGAGACCCAGCCACUAGUAUUGAAGAGCUGGAGAAACAGAUUGAAAAGAUAACAAAGCAGCAAAACCUGAUCCGCCGGAAGCUGUUUGAGUCGUCUCACGCCCUGCGGUCUAUGUCAUAUGGACAGGACCGGUACCGCCGCAGAUACUGGAUCUUGCCACAGUGUGGAGGGGUUUACAUAGAGGCCUUAGAGAGUGGAGAAGGUCUGGAGGAGCUGGAGAAAGAGCGCGAGAGGUUGAGGAACUGUCCGGUUGUACAGGUCAAAGAGGAGCCCAAGGAGGAAGUCCUGCAGCAUCAUCAGCACGAGGAGAUACAAGGGACACUGAAAGAGGAGGUCAAACAGGAGGAGGAGAAGCCCAUGGAUCUGGAUCAGGAGCCAAAUAAAGAGGCACGCUCCUCCCCUCUAAAAGACAAAACAGAUGUUGUUGCCACACCCCCUCAACUACCAGAACUCCGCCUCUCACAGAGCCCUCAGUGUCAGGAGCUGCCUCACACACCACGCCAUGCCCACAACGGCUGCUCGGCAACAAUUGCCAUGGACAUGACAUCAGCAUCGUCUCCAGCUCACUCUCCAACUACCUCCAAGCUGACCGAGGCCAGCAGCCCAAACGCAGAGCACGCAAUCCCUCCACCUCUGCAGUUGGGUAUUCCUGCGCACCUCCUGCAGCCGCAGCUGGCGCAGACUCAGCUCCUCGCCAGCGACCAGCUCUACAAGGUUCUCAGCGAGCGCAGCGGACACUGGUUCAGCCUGCUGCCUCGUUCACCCUGCGACGACACUUCCCUUAUCCAGCCAUCCGCGCACCCGCAGUCCUCGCCCAACAGCAACGCCACAAACACACGGCCCAAAACUCCACCUCCACCAUCUACCUCUUCCCCGCACCAUCACCUGCUUCCUCUGUCUGCUUCUGCAAGCCAACUGAACCCCUCAGCUGCAGCCGGAAUCAGCAACCUCAGUGUGCAGGUGAAGCCAGGUGCAGCUCUGGUGGGUUUGCCUUUGUACAGCUGGUCUGGUGGGGUCAUCAGCCCCAAUCUCCCCCUGUGCAGCAGCCCCCUGCACAUAUACCCGUCAGUGGAGGGCAGCGCCAGCCCCCUUCUGGCACCCAGCGUUUCAACCAGCAAAAGUGGCUCUCCUGUUCCCACCGGGGAGAAGCUGGCAUCUGCUCCUUCUCCAGUGGCGCUGGACCUUCCCAGAAAUCAUGACCUGCCUGAACCCAUGGCCAUACCAGAGGACAUGCUGCUGGGCUGGUGGAAGGUGACAGACAUGGAGGAGCUGAAAGCGCUAGUGAACUCUCUCCACAGCAGAGGCAUCCGAGAGAGAGCCCUGCAGAAACAGCUGCAGAAGUCCAUGGAACUCAUCGUACAGACCUGCAACAAGAACCGAGAGGUGGCAGUUAUGGAGGUCUCAGAGCUCGACGAGGGCCAGGUUUCCGUGGAGACGCUGCAGGAGUGGUGCGUGGAGGAACAGGCCAUGGAGACUGACAUUGCUCUGCUGCAGCAGGUGGAGGAGCUGGAGCGCAAAGUCACGUCUGCCAGCCUGCAGGUCAAGGGCUGGACAUACCCAGAGCCGCAGUCUGAAAGAGAGGACCUUGUCUAUUUCGAGCACAAGCCCCUCCCCAAGCACCGCCCUGGGGCGGAGUCUCAGGAGGAGCGCAGCUCGGAGAAGGGUCUGAUCCGGCGCCCCAGCAACCCGCUGGACAUUGCUGUGAUGCGGCUGGCAGAGCUGGAGCGCCACAUCGAGAGAAGGUACCUGCGGAGCCCCUUAGGGACCACCAUCCAGAUCAAACUGGAUAAUGUGGGUACAGUCACUGUCCCCGCACCUGCUCCAUCCACUAGCGCUGGAGGGGAAGGGGGAGAGGAAGAGAUUGCUCCAGGAAUGAAGCUCUGGCGGAAGGCUUUGAGUGAGGUGCGCAGCUCCUCUCAGCUGGCCAUGUGUCUGCAGCAGCUGCAGAAGUCCAUCGCCUGGGAGAAGUCCAUCAUGAAAGUGUACUGUCAGAUAUGCCGAAAGGGUGAUAAUGAAGACCUGCUUCUGCUGUGUGACGGAUGUGAUAAGGGCUGUCACACCUAUUGCCACAAACCCAAGAUAACCACCAUUCCAGAGGGAGACUGGUACUGCCCCGACUGCAUUUCCAAGGCAAGUGGUCAGUCGCCAAAAUCAAAAUCGAAGACCCCGAAUCGUGCAGCACCAGCCAGCGGAGGGAAAAAGACAGCAGAAGCAGCAAAGAAAAGCAAGAAGCAGGCAGAAACGGGUGAAGAAGAGGAGGCCACCAGCAGCACCAACAGCACCCCAAAGAAAGCAACCGCCGCCUCCAGCCAGAACAAGAAGAACAGCGCCUCCACCCCAAACCAGACGGCCUCCAAACCGGACAGUCCCGCCUGCGUGAAGAGAGCCAAAACAGCCCGGGACAACAACCGCGACCUGGGCCUGUGCAGGAUUCUGUUGGCUGAACUGGAACGUCAUCAGGAUGCCUGGCCUUUCCUCAAUCCUGUAAACCUCAAGUCUGUCCCAGGGUACCGCAAAGUCAUUAAAAAACCCAUGGACUUCUCCACCAUCCGGGAGAAACUCGUCAGCAGCCAGUAUCAGAAUUUAGAAACGUUCAUCAUCGACGUCAACCUGGUGUUCGACAACUGCGAGAAGUUCAACGAGGACAAUUCGGACAUCGGGCGCGCAGGACACAACAUGAGGAAGUUCUUCGAGAAGAGGUGGACUGAGCUGCUCAAGCAGACUAACUGAGUCAUUUCAACACAUCAACACCCAAAGAGACACGAGACAGAGGGUGUCAUGUGCAAUAGCAUUUCCUUCAGUAAAAAAGAGAGAGAGAAAUCGCACUGAAAUUUCAACCGUCAGAGCUGUAAUGUACUAAGGAGAAACAGAAAAAUUACGAAAAAAAAAAACAUCCCUUUCCACUACUUGUAAAUAUCUUUUUAUUUUCGGUUUUGUAUUUUUACUUUAUGGUUAAUAUUAUAGUGAAUGUAUUUAAUUUUUUUAAAAUGAUUAUUUAUGACUUAAUAAAAAAGAAAGGUCCACUCUUCGUUUUCUAUGAAAAGGAAGAAACAGCAAAAACUGCUUUAAAUCUAAUGGAAUGUGUAUUUGUUUUUUUGUUUUGGUGUUUUUUUUUCCUCCUCUCCAAAUAUGAAAGCCAAGAAAAAAAAAAAAGAAACUGUUUACACUGUUCUGUGCCAUGUGGCAUCAGAGUAUUCAACCCUCUGAAAGUGAACUAACGGCAUCACUGUAUACACACACACACACAAACACAAACACACAUAAACAAGCAAACCGGAGGCACCCAUGUGUACAUACUGUCUAUUAAUGUCAAUAUAUUGAGUCUCGUUUGGAAUGAUGGUGUACAUAUUGUUUCAGACAUUGGAUAUCGUUUAUGCCUUAGGACGAUUGUAGCAAUUAAUUUUAGUCUUAAAGUGAUUAAUAAUAUACAUUUAUUGUUUGUACAGUAUAUACAUAUCCUCUACAAAACACUGUGGUCUCCUUAAUCUUAGUAGUGCCUGCCCUUCAGAACAGGGUGUAGGGAAGAGAAUUCGCUUUUCUUUCGUUUUUGUUUCUUUGUUCCCCCUUUUUUUUUGUAGCGUUCUUGUUUUUCUUCUAUAAAACACAUCACGGCCUCCACUGUACGAAACUGUCGGAGUGUUUCUUCAGUAUCCCUGGCUCAAAGAGUCUCCUGCGUUAUAUUGGUGGCCCACUGGAGGCAGCUAGAACAGAGUUUUUUUGUACCUGCGUCAGAGUACUUGAAGUUAUUUUAUUUAAAGAUAUCGUGGGAAACAAAUGGUAGCGUUCUUUUUGUAGGAGCAUUAUUUUUCACUAGUGUGUGUGUGCGUGCGUGUGUGUGUGUGUAUGUGAGAGUGCGAGCGUGUGUUUGUGCGAAUGUGUGGGUGUUUGGCACGGACUUAUUAAAAGGAUGUUUUUAAAUCCA